UGUAAUGGAGGAUUUUUUAGAAAGUUUAUCGCCAUACCUUAAACAAUUAGCAGAAAAAGCUUGUAUUAACGAUGCCCAUCAAGCUAUAUUGACUCCUCAGGCUCAUAUGUUGUUAAAAGAUAUCACUGAAGAAGACAUGCAUGCUUUGAAAGCAGCUGCUGCCAAAUUAUUAGCUAAACCAACUAUAACAGCCUCUGAACUAUCAAAUUUACCCUACUCUAAGCGAUAUUCACGAGUUAGUUUUGCCUGCACAGCUUUAAAUAAAUGUACACGAGGGGGUAUUCUAACGCGUGGUAUAACAGAAUUCUGUGGUUCUGCAUCAGCUGGGAAAACUCAACUUUUGUUACACCUUUGUUUGACAGUACAAUUAAAUGACGAAUUGGGGGGUUUAAGUGGUGGCGUAGCGUUCAUAUGCACCGAAAAUCGUUUUCCCUCGAAGCGCUUAUUUGAAAUGUCCAAAUAUUUCAUAAGAAAAUUUCCCGCUUAUGAAAUCAAUUACAUGGCCAAUGUUCAUGUUGAACAACUUCAUGAAACUGACGCACUUUUAAAAUGUGUUGGCGAACGUCUACCGGCAUUAAUGUCUUCAACAUGUAUUAAAUUAAUUAUAAUUGACUCGGUGGCAGCUGUUUUUCGCACGUAUACGGAUUAUGCGGAGAGAUCAAGAGAUAUGCGUAGAUUAGCUAACCAUUUAUUGAAUUUGGCUUAUAAAUACAACAGUGCGGUGAUUUGUGUUAAUCAGCGUAAGGAAAUCACAAUUUUCACACGUUUUUACUACCAAUUUAUAAUUCUGACCCAUUAUCGUACCUUCUCGCGAAGCAUUUUUUUCCAUCCAACAAAAAAAAAGUUUGAGAAACCUACGUAUAUUUUCGAUUAAUGGCAAAUAAGUUAACUAUAACAGCCAGCUGUUUAUUCUCACGGAUCAGUUAAGUUAUCUCCAUCACUAUUGGAAUUCCUCAAGAUGUAACAUUUGGCAGAGAGAAAGUAACCGGCAUAAGAUCGUAAGUUGUUUAAGAGGUAUCCACAUUUGGUGUGUUUUCGUUCUCGAAAAACUAAAUGGAAAUUUUGAUAUUUUCCAUAUUUAUUUCUAGACGAAAUUCACAUUUAUAGUUUGGAAAACGGUGUGUGUAUUGGAAGUAUGUGCAAAAUUUGCUAAAAUUAUUUUCAAGAUUACUGAAACACAGUUUUAUCAAAAUCUUUUAUGAGCAUUAUAAAGAUUCAUAAAGUGCUGCACUCCUGUAGUCUUCCCAAGUUCCAAAGUUAUAGCAAACCACAAGCUUAUGAAUGGUACAGUGGUAUAGUGUUUUUAAAGACACUGCUAGAAAUGGCCGACAAUUUAUUCCGCAUUUACCCUUCCAUGUCGUUUAGAGGACAUCAAAAGGAUUAAUGCAACAGCGUUCACAACUCGUCACCUAACGGCAAAGAUAAGCCGUUUUCACCGAAAAUGGCCGUUUAUUUGCAGUAGUUAUCAGCAUUAAUUGCAUUUAACAUAUGAUUCCAAAGAAUACUUUUCCUCUUCGAAAUUGCAAAACUUUUCGUUUACUUGAAAUGCAUUACUUGGUUGGUCGGAACAAAUUGCUUAUCGAAUUUUUAUAUGGUUUUCAAAAGGAUUUAUGCUGUUUUUAGAUAAAUAUUAAUAAGUGCAUAAAAUGGAUUGGCUUUACAUUUUCGUCACGGAUUGUAGGCAAAUCUCGCCCAUUUAGAAACUUUAAUUUAUUGAAUGUUUUUUAAUAACAAUAAUAAUAGUAAUAAAAAACAAGUAAGAAAGUUAAAUUCGGCAGGGCCGAAUAAAAAAGUACCCCGAUCUUACAGUGAUAAGUAUAAUAACUCAGUGUACUUUCUUUGCAGUCAAAAACUCGACCACAUUAAAAGAGUAAACAAUCUAUGCGUCAAAUAACACUUCUUAAGACUUUUUCCAUGGUUUUCUAGGUGUUGGAAUUGAUCAACGGUUUGUAUAUUCGCGAAAUAAAUCGAGCUAUUUAUGAAAGGUGAUGCCAAUUAAAAAUAAUUCGUCAACUAGGUAGACUUGAAACCUUAGCU